UUCUAAUUAUUUUCUCGCAAAAAUCGAAACAAACCGAAUAUUCAGGCGUUACCAUUACCGCGCCCAACACUGAUGAAUUGCAGCACUGAAUUAUCAAUGGUGCAUAAUUUUGGUGAAGCUGCUUUCAAUCUUAUCACCCUCGAAAACCUAAACCGCUAUAGGUAUUUUGUCAAUGAACUUCACAACAAAGUUAAUACGCUUGAGCAGCAAGUACAAGAGGUUGAACAGUUUUUCCAAUUCACUGAUGUUCAGCAUAAUGAUGGCAAAAACAAAGGUCGGGAGAAGCCUCAUACCGGCUCUAAGAAGCCGAUGCAACGUGUUUCAGGUAGGGAAGCUACUGCUUUAGAAGAAAUGCAAGAGGAUAUCAUGCGCCCUUUUACCAAAAUAUUGAAUGAGAUAACUCAGCAUAAAUGGGCUUGGCCCUUUAAGGAACCUGUAGAUGUUGAAGGUCUUCAACUGCAUGACUAUUAUGAGAUCAUUGAAAAGCCUAUGGAUUUUAGUACUAUAAAAAGAAAAAUGGAGGCUAAGGAUGGUUCUGGUUAUAAGAACGUGCGGGAGAUAUAUGCUGAUGUAAGGUUGAUCUUUAAGAAUGCAAUGAGAUACAAUGAUGAAAAGAAUGAUAUCCAUGUGAUGGCUAAGACCUUACUGGAAAAAUUUGAGAAAAAAUGGCUGCUUCUUUUACCUAAAAUUGCUAAGGCGGAGAGUGAACUAUCAAAGGAAGAGGCACACGAGCAAUUGGAUAAGAAGCUUGCUAAAGAAGCCACUUAUGGCAGUAUGACUAGGGAUUUAAGCACUGAGCUGUCUAAGGUUGAUAUGGAUUUAAAGAAUCUCAAAGCAGUAGUGACUGGACAGUGCAGGAAACUGUCACGUCCAGAGAAAUUUAUACUUGUGAAAGGUAUCCCCAAAUUGUCUCCUGAUAACCUCCUCCAUGCAUUAAAGAUAAUCAAUGAAAGUGAUCCAAAUUUCAAACAUAGUACUCAAAUGGUGACCCUUGACCUUGAUUCUCAGAGCGACUACACAGUGUGGAGAUUGCACAUGUACGUUAAAAAAACACUAGAAGUUCAAGCAACAACUGAAGGUAUAACUGUUACUACUCAUGAAGAAAGUAUUGAGGACAAGAAAAACAAUUCAAAAAGAAGGAGAAUUGGGUGAUUCUCUUGCCAAAGACAUAGAAAGAAACCCAAAACAAAAUAUCAAUUGUGUGAUUCACUUGUACAACACAUAAAGUAGACCUAAAGUAGUUAUGCUCAAACUUUUAGUUUGACAUAAGUGUAGGUAUUCUGAAAUAUUUUACAGUAAGCUCACAAGUAGCAUAAAUAAAAACACUAAAAGGUAUCUCCUGCGAUUUUGGAGACUUUAAAUGCUAAAGGAUCCAUGUAUCUAUUAUUUGCAUUCUACUAUAUCGGUGAUAUUAUGACGUAAAAUAUAUAAUUUUAUAAAAA